AACUUUUUGCAAUAUUAUUUAGUACUUAUGUGAAAGUGUAAUUUAAGAUAGAUCAUUUAUAUUAAAGUCAAUUAUAUGAAUUAUUACUUGUACUGAUCCCCCAUCAGUCGUAUUCUUUUCAGUUAUAACUUCUAGUUUGGCCUUUAAUUUUUCUCCUUCAUUCGCUCCUAGCUUGCUACAAUGGCUGCUGCUGCGGUAUCUGCCUUGGCUACUUUCACCUCAACCGGAAGUGAGGCUCCUCGAAGAAUCGCUAGUUUCAGGCAGGUGAGAAUUCCGGCGUCGGUCGGUUUGCAAUGGAGAUCGCUAAGCUACGAUUCAUCAUCCUCAGUAGUUAGGGCUCAAUUCGCGAAAUUGAGUUCGGAGAAAGAAGAAUCUCCUGUUGUUGUUAUCAGCGGAGCGUCGAGAGGAAUUGGUAAAGCGAUUGCUCUGACUAUGGGGAAAGCAGGUUGCAAGGUUUUGGUGAAUUUUGCAAGAUCAUCAAAGGAUGCUGAAGAAGUUGGCAAAGAGAUCGAGGCGUCCGGUGGUCAGGCUCUUCUGUUCGGUGCAGAUGUUUCGAAAGAAGCAGAAGUAGAAUCAAUGAUAAAAGCUUUUAAAUUCUUGCAGGUAGUCGAUCGAUGGGGAAGAAUAGAUGUCUUGAUCAACAAUGCAGGGAUUACAAGGGAUCGUUUACUGAUGAAAAUGAAGCUGUCUCAAUGGCAAGAGGUCAUCAAUCUUAACCUCACUGGAGUGUUCUUAUGCACACAGGCUGCUGUCCGAGUAAUGUCCGAACAGAAGUCAGCGAGGAUAAUCAACAUUUCAUCUGCGGUUGGUGUCGCGGGGAAUGUCGGGCAAGCAAACUACAGUGCUGCCAAAGCCGGGGUGAUCGGUUUGACAAAGACUGCUGCCAAGGAAUACGCUGGCAAAAACAUCACCGUAAAUGCUGUUGCCCCCGGAUUCAUAGAUUCCGAUAUGACGGCGCAGCUGGUCCCCGAGUUGGAGAAAACCAUCAAGGCAGCAAUACCAUUAGGAAGAUACGGUCGACCCGAAGAAAUUGCCGGGAUUGUCGAGUUCUUGGCGCUUAAUCCAGCUGCUGCAUACAUCACCGGUUUAUCUCAUUGAUGGAGGUCUCGUGAUUUAGAGCAUAUACAAUGAUACUAAAAAAAAGUUUUUACCGAGUAAGUGGAUAUGACGUGUCCAAAUAAAAUUUUAAAAUGAAAAAAAUAAAAUACAACAUUUUUAUUGUAUUGCAUGUACAAUGCAAACCAUAUAGAAGCCCAACAAUAAUAGAAGAGUUUAUUUUUUGAAAAAAAAUACACAAUGAAUAAGUUUUGGAAAGCAAAACAG